AUGCAGUUUCAAACGGAUUGUCAACAUCUAAGUCCCUAACAUUCCCUCUUUCUGAGUUCCCGCCAUGCUGCAACAACUCAUGAUAUUGUCUUUCUGAGUCACCGUUGCUAUUUGCGCUCAUUGAUCUCUCAGCACGCGCAUGCUUUCCUUCAUCGUUGUUUUUCCACGUGGUCUUGUUCCCUCACUCACUAA